AUGGAGUAUUUCCCUGGUCAUUCUGGUUCUGGGUCUCCCCCGGCGGCCAUGCACGACACGACACCGUUGAACUCAAACGAUCCCCCCGUCUCGCGUGCAAGCUUCCGGUCCCGACGGCGUCGAACCUCCUCCGUGAUGCAGUGCUUGAUUGCCGUAGCGCAACGUGGACACCGCGAGCUUGGGACGAGGAGGACCGUCGAGUUGGCAGUCUCCGUCGGCCAGGAUUCUCUCUCGGGCCAUCAUCACCGUUCCUUCAAGGCUCGCGGUGACAUGCCCGAGCCGGAGCUGGCAGCAUCUUGCGCCCGCCGGCUCCUCGACCAGCGCAUGCGCCGCACCUACUGCACUCCAUCACGGGCUAUGCGAGUCCCAUCACCAAGCUAA